UCAUAUAAAAGCACAGAAUGUUGGGGGUAGGUUUUGGGACUUCUGCUAUCUUUGCAUCUGAUAACCCCACCUCUGUUUUAUCUUAUGUAUACAAUGGUCUCGCUGUGUGUAAGCCUUACCUGGUCUCAUCGCUGGAGCAGAGACAGGCACCUUGGAAUGUGAAGACACAAGAGCCAGGAACCAUGUGUCCAGAAAAUCUGUGCAACUGUAAUGACUCCACAAAAGCCUUUGAUCAUCAUGCAGAAUGUACCAUCCAUCAGUGUGCGCACAGUGGAGAGGAGCCAUUGAGACAUGAAGAACAUGGCAAAGCUUUCGUUGAUGAUUCAGCUUCUGAUCGGCAUUUGCCCUACAAAUGUAAAGACUGUGGCAAAGCCUUUAAAUACCGCUCCAUCCUCUCCCAACACCGCGUCAUUCAUACUGCUGCAAGGCCCUACCAAUGUCAGGAAUGUGGCAAAGCCUUCAAAAGAAGUAGGAACCUCACACAACACCAGAUGACUCAUAAGAGGGAGAAACCAUACAAAUGUGAAGACUGUGGCAAAGCCUUCACUACACAUUCGGUACUUACUCAACACCAAAUCAGUCACACUGGAGAGAAACCCUACAAAUGUAAAGACUGUGGCAGAUCCUUUAAAUAUAAUUCAACCCUCACUCAGCAUGAAGUCAUUCAUACUGAAGCAAAGCCCUACAGAUGUCAGGAAUGUGGCAAAGCCUUCAAGAGAAGGCACACCCUUAGUCAACAUCAGAUAAUUCAUAAAGGAGAGAAACCGCACAAGUGUAAGGAAUGUGGCAAGACCUUUAGUAAACAUUCAUCUCUUACCCAACACCAGGUCAUUCACACUGGCGAGAAACCCUAUAAAUGUAAAGAAUGUGGGAAAGCCUUCAGAUAUCAGUCAACCCUGACUCGACACCAAAUUGUUCAUACCGGGGCAAAGCCCUACAAAUGUCAGGAAUGUGGCAAAGCCUUCAAUAAUAGCUCAACUCUCAGUCGACACCAGGUAAUCCACACAGGAGAGAAACCCUACAAAUGUCAAGAGUGUGGCAAAGCUUUUUACUGUUCUUCAUUUUUGAUCCAGCAUAUGAAAAUUCAUUUUGAAGAGAUGCCCUAUAGAUGCAAAGAGUGUGGUAAACCCUUUAGGCUUUCCUCACAGCUGAUUCGACACCAGAGAAUCCAUACUGGAGAGGAACCUUAUCUAUGUAAAGAGUGUGGCAAAACCUUCAAAUACCACUCAAACCUGACUCGACACCAAAUACUUCAUACUGGAGCGAAACCCUACAAAUGUCAGGAAUGUGGCAAAGCCUUCAAUAAUAGCUCAACACUUACUCGACACCAGAUAAUCCACACAGGAGAGAAACCCUACAAAUGUCAAGAGUGUGGCAAAGCCUUUUACUGUUCCUCAUACUUGAUCCAGCAUAUGAAAAUUCAUUUCGAAGAGAUUCCCUAUAGAUGCAAAGAGUGUGGUAAACCCUUCAAAUGUUCUUCACAGCUUGUUCGACACCAGAGAAUUCACAGUGGAGAGAAACCCUACAUAUGUAAAGAAUGUGGCAAAGCCUUCAAUUGUACUUCGUACCUUACUAAGCAUCAGAGAAUUCAUACUGGAGAGAAACCCUACGUGUGUAAAGAGUGUGGCAAAGCCUUUAAUUGUUCUUCCUAUCUUUCUAAACACCAGAGAAUUCAUAUUGGUGACAGACUGUAUAAAUGCAGGGAAUGUGGCAAAGCCUACUACUUUUCUUCACAGCUUAACCGACAUCAGAGAAUCCAUACGGGAGAGAAACCCUACAUAUGUCAAGAGUGUGGCAAAGCCUUCAACUGUUCCUCAUAUCUCAAUAAGCAUCAGAGAGUCCAUGUUGUAGAAAAGCCCUAUGUGUGUAAGGAGUGUGGCAAGGCUUUUAACUGUGCUGCAUACCUUACUAAGCACCAGAGGAUUCAUACUGGAGAUAGAGUUUACAGAUGUAAAGAGUGUGGCAAAGCCUAUUACUUUUCCUUCCAGCUCAAUCGGCACCAGAGAAUCCAUACCCAAGAGAAAUCCUAUCGCUGUAAGGAGUGCGGCAAAGCCUUUAUUACUUCUUCCAGCCUGAAACGGCACCAGGAAGCUCAUGUUAGCGAAACCCAGCAGUGUAUAGAAUUUGGCGAAGCCUCAAUAGUAAGAAUUUGUCAGUAGGUGUUUCAUAAAGGGGAAACACCCCAUAUACACAGUUCAGGACUUGAAUAACUGCAGGGUCACUAGCUCACACCGAAAGGCUCAUACGUGAGGGAGACACUCCAAGUGAAGUGUGCCGAAACCUGUAACAGUUGUGUAGCAGCUACUCUGUACUAAACAGUCCACAGCGGAGAGCAGCUUACAGAUGCCAUAAUAUGGCCUGGCCUUGGGUCUCAGCAGAAAAUUCAUAUCGGAAAGAGCGCUGUCCUAUGUGUAGCCCUCAGAGGAGUCUAGUGCUGUCCUGGAAAUCCCCUCACUAAAUAAAAAUAUUAACAACGCUUUUUCUAAUACCUCAGGUCGAUUUUUAGAAGACAGCCCAUACCUCAAUAAAUCUUGUUGUACGUAAAGAGUUAGCACAGGAUAGAAAUCUUAUGAGUAUGUGGAAUGUGGCAAAAUUUUGGACUUCUGCUCACCAUUAUUCAACAGAGUGGAAAGAAAUACACCACAGGUGUCACAGUUAUUUGACCUCAUCUCCGAAAAGAUGGAGUUUGUCAUACAUCUAAAUCUACUGAAUAAUUUCACUGUUAAAAACUGUGCAAAGCUCGGCCGUGGGCCAUUUUAGCCUGCUUUCUGAGAAGUUUUUAACUUUUCUCCAUAGAGCAUAAAGUAGAUUUUGAAAAACUGUGUAUUAUGUACAAACUUUGAGUACACGCAUGGAGCACAUGGGUCUUGUCAUCUCUAAUACGUAUGCUUGGCAUCUUAUUUUGUCACUGAGAUUAGACCGCCUUAUUGGAGUAUUAUGUAACAAAUCUUAGUGGGUUUGUUGAGGAAUAGUGAAAGGCUGGUAAUCCCUGUUCUCAGUGUCCUUAUUCUUCAAACCUAUGUAUAGAUUUGAAGGUUCUCCUUUAAUCCAUUCUUUUUGCACUUACCCAGAGGGAUGUGUUCUAGCUUUCUGAAUUGUAAGUUAUUUAUAUUGUUUUUAUCAUACGGGUUUCAUUCACACAUCACCCCUUAGUUGUACAAAGGACACAGAAGUGUUGGUAUUCAUUGGUGUUGAUGGCAAUAUACAAAUCACAAUCUAAUGAUAAGCUUUAGGAGUAGUGCUACAGAAAUACCAUAUGCUUGUGGGCAGUAAUUAAGAAUAAAUGGAAAUUAUAAAGAAGUUAUAAAGUCUUGAAUGGCCAAUAGUGAGGCAGGAGCAAGGAUAGGCAGGGCUGGCAGGCAGAGAGAAUAAAUAGUGGGGAAUGAGAACAAGGAGAGAUGGACAUCAGUGGCCAGCCACCCAGCUACACAGCCACCCAGCUACACAGCCACCCAGCUACACAGCAAGCCACAGAGAAGAAGUAAAGAAAGGUAUACAAAAAUAGAGAAAGAUAAAAACCC